AUGAGGAAUUUUGACAAGGUUGCAUUCCAAACAAAUAUAAAAAAUAAAUUGAAUAAGUUAGCUUUUAAACAUGGUGGAAAUAAUAUCUGUGAUAAAGAAAGUUUUAAUGUACUAGUUGAUAAGAUAAUUUGUGAUAUUACUGAUAGUUUAAACAUAGUCGCGCCGAUUGUAACGAAAAUUAGUAAAUUAGAGUGGAAAUCUAAGCCGUGGAUCAGUAAAAAUAUUGUAAAUAAAAUUAAAAUAAGAGACAACGCUUUUUUCAAAGCUAAAGUAUCGAAAAUUGAAUCAGAUAUUGUUUUAUACAAAAAAUUGAGAAAUGAUGUAGUCAAUGAAUUAAGACUGACUAAAAAAUUACACUACCAACAACAUAUAGAUGAUAAUAAAUCAAAACCCGAUGAACUAUGGAAAUCAUUAAAGGAAUUAAUAGGAGAUAAGAGAAAAAACGAUUCUAUGUUAUCAAAUGAAGUAAAUUUUGAUGGCAACAUUGUAUCGGAUGCAAAUACCGUUGCAAAUAGAUUGAACAAAUAUUUCAUAGAUAAUGUUAGACGGAUAGUUAUGGAUAUAAACUGUAAUAAAAUUAUGGAAAAUAAUAGAAAUUAUAAUAACUCAAACCACUUUGUUUUGUGGGAGAAAUUCCAGGAGGUUACAGUUGCUCAAGUUGAUAUGAUUAUUAAAAACUUAGAUAUUAAAAAAGGGUCUAAUAUGGAUAUUAACGUAUUUAUAGUAAAGUUAUUAUGGGAGAUAGAAAAAGAUUCAAUACUUUUCAUGCUGAACAACUCAUUAAAACAUGGAAUUGUACCCGACCAAUGGAAAACUUCUACAAUUAUCCCAAUUCAAAAAAUACUAGGUAGUACAAAGGCAGAAGAUCUUAGACCAAUUAACACACUUCCCAUAUUUGAACAGAUAUUAGAACAAACUGUAAAAAAUCAACUUGACAGGUUUAUACAAGAAAAUAAUAUACUAAACGAAGAGCAAUCAGGCUUUAGAGAAAAGUUUUCAUGUGAGACUGCCUUACAGAGUUCUUUUAUAGACUGGAGAAAUUAUAUCGAUGCAGGUAUGUUGGUUGGUGUUACAUAUAUCGAUCUUACAAAAGCCUUUGAAACUAUCAAUAGAAAUCAGUUACUUGAAUUAUUAAAAGAACUAGGUGUAAGUGGAACGAAGAUGGCGUACCGCAAGGUUCAAAACUAG